AUGACCAAUAGCGAUUUUUACACCAAGAACCAAAGAAACGACAGCAACCAUGAAGGGGGAUUUGGCUGCUCGCUCAUGGAGCUGCGCUCGCUCAUGGAGCUCCGAGGAACGGAGGCAGUGGUCAAAAUACAGGAGGACUAUGGAGGUACUGAGGGACUGUGCCAGCGGCUGAAAACCUCGCCGACGGAGGGUUUGGCAGGGUUGGCCACAGAUCUGGAUAAAAGAAAAGAAGUCUUCGGGCGAAAUCUUAUACCUCCAAAGAAGCCAAAAACUUUUUUACAGUUAGUAUGGGAAGCGUUACAAGACGUGACCCUCAUCAUCCUGGAAAUCGCAGCCCUGAUCUCUCUGGGUCUGUCCUUCUACCAGCCGCCUGGAGAGGGCAACACCGACGCCUGUGGAGAUGCGAAGGCGGGUGCGGAGGACGAGGGCGAGUCGGAGGCAGGCUGGAUCGAAGGAGCUGCGAUCCUGCUGUCAGUGGUGUGUGUGGUUCUGGUCACGGCCUUCAACGACUGGAGCAAAGAGAAGCAGUUCAGGGGUUUACAGAGCCGCAUCGAGCAGGAGCAGAAGUUCCAGGUGGUGCGAGGAGGCCAGGUCAUCCAGUUGCCCGUGGCCGAUAUACUAGUCGGAGAUAUUGCACAAAUCAAGUAUGGUGACCUGCUGCCGGCGGACGGGGUGUUGAUACAAGGCAAUGAUCUGAAGAUUGAUGAGAGCUCUCUGACGGGGGAAUCAGACCACGUGCGCAAAGCUGCAGAUAAAGACCCCAUGCUGCUCUCUGGCACGCAUGUGAUGGAGGGCUCGGGUCGGAUGGUGGUCACUGCGGUCGGUGUGAACUCUCAGUCUGGGAUCAUCUUCACUUUGCUGGGCGCUGGAGGAGAAGAGGAGGAGAAAAAAGAGAAGAAAGGUCAGGCUCUAGAGGAUGGCCAUCCGCUGCCAGACUGCUCCCAUCCCUCCUCACACCCCAUCGCAACUAUAGCUACCGAUGGUGCGGCAAGCGCAAAUACACCUGCUAAUACCAGCCUAGUCAAUGGUAAAAUGCAGGAUGGAAAUAUGGAGAACAACCAGACCAAAGUGAAGAAACAGGACGGAGCCGCAGCAAUGGAGAUGCAGCCCUUGAAGAGCGCAGAGGGCGGAGAAACAGAAGAGAAGGAGAAGAAGAAAACCAGCGUCUCCAAGAAAGAGAAGUCCGUCCUGCAGGGGAAACUGACCAAGCUGGCUGUCCAGAUCGGCAAAGCAGGGCUGGUGAUGUCCGCCAUUACCGUCAUCAUCCUGGUGCUUUACUUUGCUAUCGAUACCUUUGUGCGUCAGAAGAGGCCGUGGCUGACCGAGUGCACGCCGAUCUACAUCCAGUACUUCGUCAAGUUCUUCAUCAUCGGUGUUACAGUGCUGGUGGUGGCGGUUCCUGAAGGCCUGCCGCUCGCUGUCACCAUCUCUCUGGCCUACUCUGUCAAGAAAAUGAUGAAGGAUAACAAUUUGGUUCGCCAUCUGGACGCUUGCGAGACCAUGGGCAACGCCACAGCGAUCUGCUCAGACAAAACCGGCACUCUGACCACCAACCGGAUGACCGCAGUACAGGUGUAUGUGGCCGAUGUCCAUUAUAAGACCAUCCCGGAGCCCACAUCCUUGCCGUCCAAAACCCUGGACAUACUGGUCAACGCCAUAUCCCUCAACAGCGCCUACACCACCAAGAUACUGCCGGCCGAUAAGGAAGGAGGUCUACCCAAACAAGUAGGCAAUAAAACGGAGUGCGGCCUUCUGGGAUUGGUCCUGGACCUGAAACGAGACUACCAGACCAUCCGCAAUCAGAUCCCCGAGGAGAAACUCUACAAGGUGUACACGUUUAACUCCGUGCGCAAGUCCAUGAGCACCGUCAUCAAACUCCCCGACGGCAGCUUCAGAAUGUACAGCAAAGGAGCGUCCGAAAUCAUCCUGAAGAAGUGUUCUCGUAUUCUGAGCGAGGUCGGAGAGCCCCGUGUCUUCAGGCCCAGGGAUCGGGAUGAGAUGGUAAAAAAAGUAAUUGAGCCCAUGGCCUGCGACGGCCUGCGCACCAUCUGUGUGGGAUACCGAGACUUUCCCAAAGACCCCGAGCCCAACUGGGAGGACGAGAACAACAUCCUGACCGACCUCACCGCUAUAUGUGUGGUGGGAAUCGAGGAUCCUGUCAGACCCGAGGUGCCGGAUGCCAUCCAGAAGUGCCAGCGUGCAGGAAUCACCGUGCGGAUGGUGACAGGUGACAACAUCAACACCGCCCGAGCCAUCGCCAUCAAGUGCGGCAUCAUCCACCCUGGAGAAGACUUCCUGUGCAUCGAUGGCAAAGAGUUCAACAGGAGGAUCCGCAACGAGAAGGGGGAGGUUGAGCAGGAGCGCAUCGAUAAGGUUUGGCCCAAACUGCGAGUGCUCGCCAGAUCCUCACCCACAGACAAACACACGCUGGUCAAAGGCAUUAUCGACAGCACUCUGGUGGACCAGCGGCAGGUCGUGGCUGUAACCGGAGACGGAACCAACGACGGUCCGGCUCUGAAGAAGGCAGAUGUGGGAUUCGCCAUGGGAAUCGCAGGGACGGAUGUGGCCAAAGAAGCGUCCGAUAUCAUCCUCACAGACGACAACUUCUCCAGCAUUGUGAAGGCUGUGAUGUGGGGAAGAAACGUUUAUGACUCCAUCUCCAAGUUCCUUCAGUUCCAGCUGACCGUCAAUGUGGUGGCGGUGAUCGUGGCCUUCACCGGAGCCUGCAUUACUCAGGAUUCUCCUCUGAAAGCAGUGCAGAUGUUAUGGGUGAACUUGAUCAUGGACACAUUUGCAUCUCUGGCUCUGGCCACCGAACCGCCCACCGAGUCUCUGCUGAUGAGGAAACCCUACGGCCGAAACAAACCUCUGAUCUCCAGCACUAUGACCAAGAACAUCCUGGGCCACGGCGUCUACCAGCUCGUCAUCAUCUUCUCACUGCUGUUUGUGGGCGAGCAGAUCUUUGACAUCGACAGUGGCAGGAACGCUCCUCUGCACUCUCCUCCAUCAGAGCACUACACCAUCAUCUUCAACACCUUCGUCAUGAUGCAGCUCUUCAACGAGAUCAACGCCCGCAAGAUCCACGGCGAGAGGAACGUCUUUGACGGCAUCUUCAGAAAUCCCAUCUUCUGCUCCAUUGUUGUGGGCACGUUCGCCAUUCAGAUUGUGAUUGUUCAGUUCGGAGGCAAACCCUUCAGCUGUUCUCCUCUGGAUCUGGAGAAGUGGAUGUGGUGUGUGUUCCUGGGCAUGGGAGAGCUGGUCUGGGGACAGGUCAUUUCCACAAUCCCGAACAGCAAGCUGCGGUUCCUGCGAGGCGCCGGGCAGCUGACACAGAAGGAUGAAAUGCCUGAGGAGGAGAUGAACGAGGACCAGGAGGAGAUCGACCACGCCGAGCGGGAGCUGCGGAGAGGACAGAUCUUGUGGUUCAGGGGGUUAAACAGAAUACAGACACAGAUACGUGUCGUGAACGCAUUUCGUAGCUCGCUCUAUGAAGGCUUGGAAAAACCCGAAUCCAGAACCUCCAUCCACAAUUUCAUGACGCAUCCGGAGUUCAGAAUAGAGGACUCCACACCUCACAUUCCUCUAAUAGACGACACCGAUAUCGACGACGAGGCGGCGAGGAAAAACUCCAGUCAGCCGGCGUCCCCCAACAAAAACAACAACGCCAUCGAUAGCGGAAUAAACCUGACCACCGACACCAGUAAAUCAGCCGCUUCCUCCAGUCCCGGGAGUCCGCUUCAUAGUCUGGAGACAUCGCUUUAGCUCGAUAAUAAUCCUCUUUAGACUGUCUGUUUAAAAGCGCGGCUCUCCAUGUGGAUCGCGCACUGCUGACUGAACACGUGUGUGUGUGUGUGUUUGGCGACACACUCUUUUACUGAACAACGACUCGAGAAAAACAAUACGGCGCGCAUUUCCUGAGGAAACGACACAAACUAUUACGAGUAAUUUAAAUCAGCUAUUAUCGUGGCUCCUGCAUGAAUGUACUGUACAUCCACCGACCCGGGUUCUUCUUUCUGGAUUUUUUCAUUCAUUGAUUUUUGAUUUGGUUUUCUUUUUUUUUUAUUGUUGCUGGGACGUUGCUACUUUGAUUCACUGAUCUGUGAGUAUUGUGUGUGUGUGUGUGUGUGCGCGUGUGGCAUGUAUCUAAGUGUAUAGAUUUAUUUGGUUAUUGAUUAAGGUGUAUCCAGGUCGCAGGGGCUCAACUUGCACAGUAGAUAUGCACCUGUCAGGGGGGGGGGAAGACCCAUGGAAAUUAUAGAAUUUAUUAAGCGUACAUAUAUAUUUAUAGACAUGUUAUAAAUAUAUAUUUACAGAGUUUAUCUUUAUUUGUCGGCAUGUUGCCUUGUUCUGCUUCAAUAACUACUUUUAACUUAUUUAUGUCCUAAAGAGAAUGUAAUUUGUUUACAAACCUGUAGAUAAUAGCGUCCUGGUUCCUUUGUAGGGUUGAAAACCACGCAGCAGACGUACGUAGUGUGAACAGCUCACGCUGUUCCUGUAAUAUCGGACUCUAGGUGUUUUAUUACCAGUCGUGCGCUGGACUUGCCUGCUAUUUUUGUCAAAUGCUGUAGAUAUUUUUAGAGGAUUACGAAAGAAACCAAAAUUUAGUGGGGUAUAUCAAUAACGUGGCAUCGUAGUAUUAAACGCGUGCGGGAAAUCCAACGGUUUUGUGGUCGGCCUCAAGCGUGAGCAGAGAUAUAAACAUGUGUGUACGUAUAUCUCAGGUUGGGUUUUAAUAUCUUCUUUAGAAGUACGUAUUACUUAAAAUAGUUUGAGUUCAGAAGCUGCGAUGGCUUUUAUGUCAUGUAAAUUAAGUUAUAUUUGGCAUCUCUGUAUGGAAAAUCAAACCUGUGUUCAAAUAUUGUGAUCUAUUGUGUUGAUUCUUCUUUUUUUGGACGUUUAUUUUUGCCUUUUUCUUUUGGUUGAAGGAAUUGAGACCAGCUCCCGAGCUGACGACACACUUUUGGAUUCAUGUAAUGCAACAAAACCAAGAAGGAAUGUUGCUGUUGACUCUUUU